GUCUUUGUAGAAUGAAUACCUCAGAAUACAGUAAACUAUCUACAGGUAUUCAAGGUCGAAAUUAUUACAAUGGGUAUGGAGAAACAGCUGUCACUUCUACCUAUUAUCCAGCUUUCGAUCCUUUGAGUGUAAUGGCAUCUCUAGCUUUUUUAGCAUUCUUAUUCCAGUCGUUAGUAUCGCUGUUCGAUCGUUCAAGAUCGGUCACACCGACAGCAGUUACAGCACGACAAUUUAUGGAACUUAAAAUGUUAACACUUACUACACAGAUACUCCAUGCUUUGGAAAAAUACGAAAAAAACCGUAAUGGAAAGUUAUCAAAUGCGAAGCACAAAAUAAGAUAA